CCCCUCUAUAUAGUGAAGUGUUUUUCACUGUUAACUGCCAGAAUGCCUUGCCACAAGUUUCCACUGACCUGAAUUGCGCAUCUAUACCCAUGCUAAAGCAAAUGCAUUUUUUUAAAGGAAAAACACAAAAAAAAGCUUUUUAGAACAUUUUCCAAAAGGUUCUUCAAAUGUUGCUUGGAAAAUUUCUGAAGACAGCAUGUCUGACUUUUAAUUAGGCAACAAUGCAGGACCAUAUUAAUUUCAGCGCAUUACUGUAUUGUGUCAUUUGUCUCCUUAUCAUCAUAACUAUUCUUCUACUGAUCAUAUUGCUCAAGAAGUACUGCAAAAAGUGCAGUGCAAAAACGCCUGAAUCAAACAUUGAAGGAGGCACUUUUCGCAUGAGUGAUCUCAAACGUAACUCAGAGCAUGAUAGUCCUGAUAAAGACACCGUCAAUCAUUCAAACAAUUUACAAAACUACACUGCAUGCAGUGAUGAUUCGUCCUCUACUAGUUCCGAGAGCUUGUGUCAUUCGUAUGGAGAUAAACCCAACGACAACAACCAGCAAUAUAUGAGUCUGAAAACCCCCCUUCAAGGUGCAUACUAUGAAAAUAUUUCUGAAGGAAAAUCCACCAGUGCACUAGAUUAUGAAAACAAGAAGCCAAAGAAAAACCGAGACUAUGUAAACGUAGAACAACAGAAUAUGCCUUUAACUAGGGGCAGAAAAAGCAAAAGUGAGAGGCAUCAAGAAGACCAGGAUGAGAGUCAAACCAGCAGUGAGAGCAGCAGCGACGAGAGCGACGACGAUUCUGUAAAUUACAGCACGAUUGUCUUUAAAGAAGCCACAAAUACAGUCCAGAGAGAGCACUGAAGCUGGUUUUCUGCUCCAAAAAGCUUUUAAUAAUAGUUCAGUAGCUUUUUUUUCCCCUUGUUUACUGCAUUCUGUCAAUGUUGCAAUCAAUAAUCAUAUACUAGCUCAAUCAUGACUUAACAGCAUGCUCUAAAAUGACUGCUUUUAUUUUCAGUCCUGGUUUUUUUGUCAGGUGCUUUUGUAUAUGAGGUACAGUAUAAUGUGAAUUUUCACCAUAUAUGGGAAAAGAGACCUAAUUUUAGGUACAAGGUCUGAGAAUCAUGUUUUUGAUCUGACAAAUGUAGUCUGUGGUACUGAUUAUUAUCAUAAUAUCCUGUUAGGAAGGAACCGCCGUGUGCAGCUAAGCAACGUGGCAAGAUAAAAGGCUUCUUUUCUUCUCUUCUUCGUUUCUGUAUUUCUGUGUGCUAGUAACUAGUCUAUUUCAUACGCUCUGAGUUUUUUGUACGCAAACAUUACAAUUUUAUUCAGUCAAGCUUGUUAUUGCUAUAAAAUGCUGAACUUGUACACUACA